UUCUUUGUUCACAUCCACAACCAAGAAACUCUGAGGUUAGAAAGGAAAGAAAUUCAAAAUGGUAAAUGCUUGGCUCAUGGACAACAGUGAUGAGGACAAGCGAAAGGAGCAUCACCUUUCACCACCAGAAUAUGUGACCCUUGAGAAACUUCGUACUGACACUGGAGUUCUGUACUGGAAGCUGGAUGAGAAAAAUUUUUAACCUGAGCUUGAGAAGAUAAAAUCCAGCCGAGGCUACUCAUACUCAGAUGUCAUUCAAGUCUCGCCAGAAAAGCUCCCAAAUUAUGAAGAAAAGCUCAAAAUCUUCUACGAAGAACACAUCCACACUGAUGAAGAAAUCCGUUUUGUCCUGGAAGGCUCCGGGUAUUUAGACGUUCGAGACAAGGAAGACAAGUGGAUUAGGAUUGAAGUGACACCUGGAGACCUCCUGAUUCUCCCAGCUGGAAUCUAUCACCGAUUCACUCUAGAUACUAAGAACUAUAUCAAGGCCAUGAGACUGUUUGUUGGGGUUCCAGUGUGGACUCCACACAACCGACCUGCCGAUGACAUGGACGCUCGCAAAGAGUAUGUAAAGAGGCAGAAAGAAGGCUUUAGUGAGGAGUGAAGGCAGCAGAAAAGAACCAGAUAUGAUAUGGCUUCAUUUUGACAAUGUUAUUUUGCAGGUUUUGAAAUUUGGGAACACUUGCAUAUUACUGUUCUUUGUUUUAUUGUUAUUUGUUGACUUGUUGAAUAUAGUAUUUUGAUGCUGAUGAUAUUUUGUUAAACUAGUUUUCCUUUUUACACAUGUCUCAAGGCUAAAUUUAUGCAGCUUCAGUGUAAAAAAUUACAUUGUUAAAGUUAGAGAUUGCUGUGAAGGAAAAUAUAUUACUCAAAUAUGACUGCUGAUUAUUAAGUUGAAUCAUGAACUGUCAAUAUUUGAAGAUCACUCUUUGUGUUGAUGUGAAGUGAACAUUAUUUUUUAUGCAUCAUAACUUGUUUUGUAUGCGGUUAGCCUGUUGUGAUAGAAUAUUGCCAUACAUUUUUACUGUUUUGUAACUUUCAUCUUGAUAUAUAGUAUAUUGAAGAAAAUGCAUAAAUUUAUUAAAGUUUCAAACUUACAUAGACUUCAAAAUGCAAGUGAAUAUUUUUGUAGUAUUGAAUUUCCAUUAUAUGAUAUCCUGUUAAAUGUUAAGAGUUUAUAUGAUGUAGCACACAUAGUUUAUGAAAUGAAUUAUGAACCCUA